GUGCUGUAAGCUGUCGAUGAAACAUGGGGUCCCGACCUAGAUCUCGGUUCUGCGUCGUCGCCUUCGUCCUCCUCCUCCUUGUCUGUGGCGCCUGGGCGCAGAACCGGAGGCCAAAGAACGUCCAGGUCGCGGUUCGGGCAAAGUGGGAGGGCACUCCUCUUCUCCUGGAAGCUGGCGAGUUGCUUUCCAAAGAAUCAAAGCAUCUGUUCUGGGAGUUCACGGAGGUUUGGUUAGGUUCAGAUGACGAUGAUUCCGAUUGCAAUUCGGCCAGAGACUGCCUCCUCAAGAUAUCUGAGCACGCGUCCUCUUUGCUGACUCCGUCCCUCACCUCUCUCUUUCGUUUCUCCCUUACUCUUAGAUCCGCUUCGCCCAGGCUUGUGCUCUACCGUCAAUUGGCCGACGAUUCCCUCUCUUCUUUUCCCCUUUCCGAUGACUCCUCCCUUUGCUGCUGGGUCGACAUUGGAUCCUCCCUGUUCUUCGAUGAGUCGGAUCUCCUAUCCUGGCUUGCCUCUCCUCCUGCUGCUGAAGACUCUGUUCAGGGGCCUGAACUCUUCGAUUUCGAUCACGUUCAUUUGGAUUCAAGGGCUCGAACCCCAGUUGGCAUCCUCUAUGGGGCCGUUGGAACCAGUUGCUUUAGGAAAUUUCAUGUCCUGCUUUCUCAAGCCGCUACAAAGGGAAAAAUUACAUAUGUUGUCAGGCCAGUGCUGCCUUCUGGUUGUGUAGGCAGAACCAGACGUUGUGGUGCCAUUGGGGCCUGGGAUAAUGUAAGCUUAGCUGGUUAUGGUGUGGAGCUUGCUUUGAAGAAUAUGGAGUACAAGGCUAUGGAUGAUAGCACCAUAAAGAAAGGUGUCACCCUUGAAGAUCCUAGGACUGAAGAUCUUAGUCAAGAUGUUAGGGGGUUCAUUUUCUCGAAAAUUAUGGAUAGGAAACCUGAGCUUAGAUCUGAGAUUAUGGCUUUUAGGGAUUAUCUCCUAUCAUCAACAAUAUCCGACACUCUUGAUGUUUGGGAACUGAAGGAUUUGGGACACCAAACUGCCCAGAGGAUUGUACACGCCUCUGACCCCUUGCAAUCUAUGCAAGAAAUUAAUCAAAACUUUCCAAGUGUGGUUUCUUCUCUAUCCCGCAUGAAGCUCAAUGAAUCAAUCAAAGAUGAGAUACUUUCAAAUCAGAGAAUGAUCCCUGCUGGCAAGUCGUUAUUGGCUCUGAAUGGUGCUCUGCUAAACAUUGAAGAUAUGGACCUUUACAUGCUGAUGGAUUUGGCCCAUCAAGAUUUGUCCUUGGCUCACGAGUUUUCAAAGCUUAAGAUCCCUGAUGAAGCCAUCCGGAAACUUCUACUAGCUAGCCCUCUUCCCGAGCCUGAUUCUUAUCGCAUUGAUUUUCGAUCCAUGCAUGUUCAUUAUCUUAAUAAUUUGGAAGAGGAUGCUAUUUACCGGCGCUGGCGGAGUAAUAUUAAUGAGAUUUUAAUGCCAGUCUUCCCUGGGCAACUACGUUAUAUCCGCAAGAACCUUUUCCAUGCAGUUUAUGUUAUGGAUCCCGCUACCGUCUGUGGUCUCGAGUCCGUUGACACUAUCAUAUCAUUAUAUGAAAACAAAUUCCCUGUCAGAUUUGGAGUAAUAUUAUAUUCUGAAAACUUAAUCAAGAAGAUCGAGAAGAAUGGUGGUCAGAUCCUCUCUUCUGAUACAGUGAAUGAUGCCCAUGUCAAAGAGGACUUAUCUACUUUGAUUAUACGUUUCUUUCUGUACAUCAAGGAACACCAUGGGAUCCAAUCAGCUUUUCAGUUUUUGGGAAAUGUAAAUAGGUUAAGGACUGAAUCUGCUGAUCAUGCCUAUGAUGAUAUAGAGCUGCAACAUGUUGAAGGGGCUUUUGUGGAGACAAUUUUACCAAAGGUGAGAUCCCCCCCUCAGGAUAUAUUGUUGAGGCUGGAAAAAGAGCAAACUUUGAAGGAGGCGUCAGAAGAAAGCUCUCUGUUUGUGUUCAAGCUUGGUCUAGCCAAGCUAAGAUGUUGCUUCUUGAUGAAUGGACUUGUCUUUGAUUCUGUUGAGGAGGACUCUCUUAUAAAUGCCAUGAAUGAUGAGCUUCCCAGGAUACAAGAACAAGUUUAUUACGGUCAGAUAGACUCUGGCACUGAUGUGUUGGACAAAUUGCUUGCAGAAAAUGCUGUUCAUCGGUAUAACCCACAGAUAACCACAAAUGGAAAGUCCAAGCCGAGGUAUGUGUCUCUGGCAUCCUCCUCUGGGAGAGGGGAAUUUGUGCUGAAUGAUGUUACUUAUUUGCAUCCUCCAGAGACUUCAGAUAAUGUAAAGUACGUGACUCAUCUUCUUGUCGUUGAUGUUGCAACAAAGAAAGGAAUCAAAAUGCUGCAUGAAGGAGUUCGAUACCUGAUCGAAGGUUCUAAAGCUGCUCGUCUGGGGGUGUUAUUUAGUAGCUAUCAGAAUGCUCACCCACAUAGCCUUCUCUUUAUAAAGGUUUUUAAAAUAACUGCAUCAUCAUUUAGUCGCAGGGGAAAUGUGCUUGCCUUUCUAGACCAACUUUGCUUGUUAUAUGAGCAUGAAUCUCUCUUUAAAAUUAAAUCACCUACCGGAGUUGCUACUUCUCAAAUGUUUAUUGAUAAAGUCAUUGAGAAUGCUGAGGCGUAUGGGUUUUCUUCUAAAGCAUAUGAAUCUUGUCUUCUGGAAUCUUCAGAUGAGAAGUUACUUGAGCAUUUGAUGAAGGUCAACCAGUUUUUGUCUUGGGAUCUUGGGCUUGAAUCUGAUAUGAACGCAAUCAUUACAAACGGAAGGGUAAUAUUUCCUGUGGAUGAAAGGACAUUCCUGAGCCAUGAUUUACAGCUUCUUGAGUUGGUCGAGUUGAGUCAAAGAAUAAAGCAUGUUCGAGAAAUUAUUGAGGGAGUGGAGUGGCGAACCAUGGAUCCUGAUCUCCUUACCAGUGAAUUCUUAAGUGAUGUCUUCAUGUUUGUGUCAUCUGCAAUGGCAACACGGGACCGUGGUUCCGAAAGUGCCCGGUUUGAGAUUCUGAAUUCGCAAUACAGUGCUGUUGUUAUGGGGAAUGAAACUGCAACCAUACACAUUGAUGCUGUUAUUGAUCCUUUAAGCCCUGUUGGUCAGAAGCUAGCAUCUCUUCUUCGAGUUUUGGGGAAACAUGUUGAGACAAGCAUGAGGAUCAUUCUGAAUCCAGUGAGUUCGCUUGCGGACAUUCCUUUGAAGAAUUACUACAGAUAUGUUUUACCAAACAUGGAUGAUUUCAGCAGUACAGGCUUCGUUGUAAAUGGUCCCAGGGCAUUUUUCGCAAAUAUGCCAUUAUCCAAGACACUUACCAUGAAUCUCGAUGUUCCAGAGCCAUGGCUUGUUGAACCAGUAAUUGCCAUUCAUGACCUCGAUAAUAUUUUGCUUGAGAACAUGGGAGAGUCUACAACACUGCAAGCAGUUUUUGAGCUUGAUGCUCUUGUUCUUACUGGUCAUUGCUCAGAGAAGGAUCACGAGCCUCCUCGUGGUCUGCAGCUGAUUCUGGGAACCAAGAGUAGACCUCAUUUGGUAGAUACUCUUGUCAUGGCCAAUUUAGGUUAUUGGCAGAUGAAAGUCUCCCCAGGGGUUUGGUAUUUGCAACUUGCUCCGGGUCGAAGUUCAGAGCUCUAUAUCUUGAAUGGCGACCAUGAUGAAGGCCAAGAUCAAUUUCUGUCCAAACGUAUUACCAUAGAUGAUUUGCGUGGUAAAGUUGUUCAUUUGGAAGUAGUAAAAAAGAAAGGCAAGGAGCAGGAAAAGCUGCUUGUUUCUUCAGAUGGCGAGAAUGGUGUACAGCAAAAGGAACGAGAAAGCUGGAAUUCGAACUUCUUAAAGUGGGCGUCUGGUUUCAUCGGAGGUGGUGAACAAUCAACAAAGGGAGAUAACAAGAAAGAGCUUGGGAAGGGCGAGCGUCAAGGGAAAUCAAUUAAUAUAUUCUCCAUUGCUUCAGGGCACUUAUAUGAGCGUUUCCUCAAGAUCAUGAUUCUAAGUGUCCUGAAGAACACCAAGCGCCCUGUGAAAUUCUGGUUUAUAAAGAACUAUCUUUCUCCUCAAUUUAAGGAUGUUAUUCCACAUAUGGCACAAGAAUAUGACUUUGAGUAUGAGCUGAUUACUUACAAAUGGCCUUCUUGGUUGCAUAAACAGAAAGAAAAACAGAGAAUCAUUUGGGCCUACAAAAUAUUAUUUCUUGAUGUUAUAUUUCCUCUCUCGCUGGAGAAGGUUAUAUUUGUUGAUGCAGAUCAAGUUGUAAGGGCAGACAUGGCAGAACUAUACGACAUGGAUAUAAAAGGAAAACCUCUUGCAUACACUCCCUUUUGUGACAACAACAAGGAAAUGGAUGGCUAUCGGUUUUGGAGACAGGGUUUCUGGAAAGAACAUUUACGUGGUAAACCAUACCAUAUCAGUGCACUGUACGUUGUUGACUUAGUUAAAUUUCGUGAGACGGCAGCAGGAGAUAAUCUAAGAGUAUUCUAUGAGACUCUUAGCAAGGAUCCAAACAGUCUAUCCAAUCUGGAUCAGGAUCUUCCUAAUUAUGCUCAGCAUACUGUUCCCAUAUUUUCACUUCCCCAAGAGUGGUUAUGGUGUGAGUCUUGGUGCGGUAAUGCUUCUAAACCCAAAGCCAAAACCAUUGAUCUUUGCAAUAAUCCAAUGACAAAGGAGCCAAAGCUUCAGGGUGCCAGAAGGAUUGUUUCUGAAUGGUCGGGUCUUGAUCUAGAGGCACGGAGAUUCACAGCAAAAAUCUUGGGUGAAGAUAUGGAGCUCAAUGAGCUAUUAGCAACCACUGACAAGCGUAAUCAUCCUUCAAGCGAUGUUUCAUCGAAACAAGACCUGGAAUCUAAGGCUGAACUAUAACGUAGAUGCUUGAAGUUGAGAAGAAAAGAACACUCCUUGCUGAAGUAGCUGCUUAAGGAUUUACUUCUUGAGUUGUAGUUUCUGGAGAUGUUAUAAACAAAUUAAGCAGAAGGUAAGACGACACUACAUUUUAGCAAAAUCGAGUUUUUGAGACUUUAUGUCCAGCAAAUCAUGAUUCUUACAUAAUUGUUAACAUUAUUAACUGUACCUUUACUGUUACUUUUGGGGAAAUCUCUUUUAGUUAACCGCAAUUUGCUACUGUA